CUCGUUCUAGAGACCCGAUGCCGUAAUUAAGCCGAGCGAAGAUCUCCUCUUGCUCAUCGUUGUCAUGAUUGAUUUCCGGUAUUCAUAGCUAUCUAGCGCCAGGAACAAGGUGCGGUACCUGUUAAAGAAGAAAGGAACACUCUUCAGCCACCGUAUCACCAUCUUUCUGGUCCCAGAGCACAUCUGAAAAACCAACAUGACACAGUCAUUACGUCUACAGGACAAAGUCGCCAUCGUGACUGGCGCCUCUUCCGGCUUGGGUCGAGCUAUCGCGAUCCGCUACGCCCAGGAAGGCGCAAAGCUAGUAUGUGCUGAUUUGACAGCGACGGCGCGGUCCCAAGAGGAAGCCGAGAUCACCACCCAUGACUUGAUCACUCGGGAUGGUGGACGAGCCAUCUUUGUGCAAACCGACGUCGGCGAUGCCGCGCAAAUGGAGAACUUGGUAAAGGAGACGGUGAAAGAGUACGGGAGACUUGAUAUCCUAGUAAACAAUGCCGGAAUAAGCAUCGAAGCCCGGUUUCCGGCUGUGCUCCAUUUGACCGACGAAGCAACAUGGGACACGACGAUGCGAGUGAACGUCAAAUCCGUCUUCCUGGGUUGCAAGUACGCCCUUGCACAGAUGCUGGCACAGGAGCCUCAUGCUUCAGGGGACCGAGGCUGGAUCGUGAACAUUUCAUCGAUCAUGGGCAUGAUUGUGGGACCCGAGAAUCCGUCUUACUGUGCAUCAAAGGGCGCUGUCAGCCAGCUUACGAGACAGAUCGCCCUAGACUAUGCGCCUCAUAAAAUCCACUCGAAUGCCCUUUGUCCUGGAUAUACUCAAACGGCCAUCUUCAAGGAAACAACUACUAACCUGACUCCUUGGGACGAUCUCAACCGGCGGCACCCACUGAAGGGCCCUGGCUUUCCCGAUGAUAUCGCGAAAAUGGCUGUUGUGUUGGCAAGCGAGGAUGCCAGCUGGGUUACGGGAGUCUGCAUGCCUGUAGAUGGUGGUUAUACUGCUCGAUAG